UUAAUGUGUUAAUCAAUAAACAAUCUUUAGUUUUUGACGUUCAGAUUAUUUUAAUAUAUGUCGCAGAAGUUAACAAUUUUUAAUGACUAGAUUGUGUAAUUAUUUGUGAAAUUUUAAAUUGAGGUAAACACACAUAUUGAUUCCAAGGAAGAGCAAAAGGAAAGAGAUAGAAGUACAGAUAGAAGUGUGAAAAAUGAUGCGGUUCGUUUCUACUAGCAGAAAAACGACAAAAUUUAGAAAUGUUUCAAAAAAACAAAACACACGUCGUUGCAGAACGGCUUUGUUUGAAUCGAUUGAUAUAAUGCGAUGCAUAGUAUGCAAAAACGAGAUUAAAUCAUUUAAAAUGAUGAAAUGUCGACACAGUUUUUGUCCACAAUGUUUCAAGAACCGGCUUAAGAUAUCGCAUCAGAAAGAUAGUAGUUCUACUUGUCCUGUCUGCAAUGUAGCAAUAAUUCAUGUAGAUAAGAAAGAAGAGAAUGCAUCAGAAAGUGUGGUGAGCUUUGCACCCUUACCGCCAAAACUGCGAGAUGAAAGAUGCCGUACCUGCGGUGAAACUUAUGAGAACAAAUGUAAACAUUGUAAACGCAAAUACUGCAAUGUCUGCUGGACAAAGCAUGUUGAUGAUUUGAAAAAAGAAUUUAAUGAUAUAAGUGGAAAUCUUGAAACAUCAGCAGCAAGAUUUGAAAAUAAAAUCAGCAAUUUUCAGAGUAAAGCGAACGAAAUAAAACAGUUUAUCAAUAGAGACAUCGAAUCUAAAAUAACUGAACUUUAUAAAAAAAGAGAGAAUCAGAUUAAAAAGGUAGAACAUAUAGUUGCUAUAAGUGAAGCAUCAGUGGAAGAUAUUAGACGAAGAAUGUAUAAAUCUCAAAUAGAGAUAAGAAAUCAGAAAGAUGUUUCAUAUGAUAUACUGCCUGACAACGAAAAAAAGGUAAAAACAUUUUUAGAUCUGCAACAAAAGGCCGCAGAAGUAAUGGCAGCAGUUGUUAUUUGGGAGUCAGCGUUAAAUGAUAUAGAAAUGGAACUCGGGAAAGUUAAUAAACAUGGAAAAUUACUUGUCAAGAAAAGCACUGGUCCAUCGUACAAGCGAAAAACUUUUACACCGAAAAUUAUUGUGAAUCGUGAUACAGUGCGGCGGCCAUCAGCACUUGCUAUUGAUUCCUGGAGGAAUAAUAUUAUUACGACCUGUCCAGGAUCAGGACAAGUUGUCAUUCUCGACAGGAAGUUCAAACUUGUGCGCAGGAUUUGUCAUCAAGAAAUGAUGGCACCUCAAGGAGUCGCCUUCCUGCAGAAGUACGACGAAAUAUUCGUGACAGAUAAAUGGAAGCAUUGUAUUUUUGUAUUUGAUCAUAAAGGCGAGCUUGUGCGUCGCAUGUGCAAUAAGGGUUAUGGAGAAUUAGAGCUACGUUCGCCGGAAGGAAUUGCGUUUCACCCGGAACGGAGUGUGCUUUAUGUUGCCGAUACUGGGAACAAUCGCAUUCAGAUUCUCAAGAAGGACGGAACGUAUUUGGAUAGCAUUGGAUCCAAAAGUACACAUACGAGUGGCUCUAUUAGAUUCUGUACUAUCAACCAAAUUGCAAGCCAAUUAAAUCAACCAACAGACGUGGCUGUCACAAUAACGUGCAUUGCUGUCGCUGAUUCCGGCAAUCAUCAAGUAAAGGUAUUCGAUCACGAUGGUCAAAUCCUUCAUACGAUCGGCAGCGUCGGCACAGCAAAAGGCUUAUUUAGAUCUCCUGAGGUAUUAAAGAUUGACAAGAAAGGAUAUAUCAUUGUCGGCGACGCUGGAAAUGGAAGAGUACAGAUUUUUUCUCCGGAAGGUGAAUUUCUACGAGUGUUAGGUGCCAAAAAUACCAAAGGACAUAAAUUUGCAUGGAUAUCUGGUGUAUUGGUAACAAAUAAUUACAAUAUUUUAAUUUCUGAUAGCAAGGAUAAUCUGAUAUAUUUAUUUUAA